CACGGAGGAGAAGACAGGGAAGAGGAAGAAGAAGAAGAAGAAGAAGAAGAAGAAGAAGAAGAAGAGCACGCAGGAGACGAGAGUGUUGCCGACAUGAGCGGAGCUGCCGUGAUGAAGAGCAACGGUAAACAACAGGAAAGUCCUACAGGACUCUGGGACUCUGUGAAGAAGGCGGUGUUUGUCAUCGGAUCUGGGAUCUUUUUCUUGGCCGCCUUCGGCAACUCGUUGACGUGGCAUCUCCAGAAGUUCUGGGGAGCAUCCGGAGACUUCUGGCAGAACCAGUGGUCCAGGCUGUACGUGACCUUUGAAGGUCAUGAAGCUGCUUUGUUUUACCUCGGGACCAUGUUGAUGCCCACUCUGGUUUUCUGGAUACCGAAUGCUCUGCUGCUGUUUGUCGACGUCACCGGUAAACCCUCGUUCAUCACUCGCUACCGCAUCCAGAUGGACAAGAAUAACCCGGUGGACAGAGUGAAGCUCCGUCACGCUGUGAAGACCGUGAUCCUGAACCAGCUGCUGAUCUCAGGCCCGAUGGUCGUGGCCGUUUAUCACAUCACCAGCUGGAGAGUGAACCCCUGCGGCCCCGAGCUGCCCACCUUCCACUGGGCUCUGAUGGAGCUCGCUGUGUUCGCCCUCGUGGAGGAAAUCAUGUUCUACUACUCACACAGGCUGUUCCAUCACCCCAGCCUCUACAAACAUUACCACAAGCAGCACCACGAGUGGACCGCUCCUGUCGGAGUCGUGUGUAUUUACGCUCAUCCUCUGGAGCAUGUGCUCUCCAACAUGCUGCCAGCCGUGGCCGGACCGGUCAUCCUGGGCUCCCACUUAUCCACCACGUCGCUCUGGUACUGCCUGGCUCUGGUCAGCACCACCAUCUCCCACUGUGGAUAUCACCUGCCCUUCCUGCCGUCCCCGGAGUUCCACGACUUCCACCACCUCAGGUUCAACCAGUGUUUCGGGGUCAUGGGCGUCCUGGACCGACUUCACGGCACCGACAGCAAGUUCCGGGAGACGAAGCAGUACGAGCGCCACGUGCUGCUCACAGGCCUCACGCCGCUCAACGAGAGCAUCCCCGAUGCACCAAAGAAGGGCCAGUGAUGUAAGCCGUGAACUCUGACCUCUGACCUCAGGCCCAGGCCUUGCCAAACGUUUUGGGAAUAUUUGACACACGAUGGGUGGACAUGAAGCUCCCCAACAACCGAAACGUAGAUAGUUAGAUGGAGAUUGAGGCGGUGAACGACAGCUCAGAAUGUUUGAAAUCAUGAUUUCUAAUGAUUUCUCAUCCUCCUGUGAUCUGGGAAGACUGAUUCAGUCACAUGAUUCUUAGUUAAUGGUUGUGUCGCAGAGGUAGUUAAUAUAGUUUAGUUAAGUUUCAUUUAAACGCCCAUAAUCUGACAGUGGUACAAGUAUAUAAUAGUGUGGUAAUAAGGAGAGAAUAUGAUAUUAAUACCUUUGGUAAUUGCUUGGUAAUGAGUAAAAAACCUAUUAAAAUUCAUCCUCCCUCAUAUACUACACACAUUUUACACAUUGUCAAGCUUUUACUUGGUGAUUACUAUAAAAAAUAAGAUAAUAUUCUCAAAUCAGGGAGAAGAAAAAACAAAAACAAAGGAAAAAUAAGUUGGAAUUGGUGUCAUUUAAUUAUGGUUCCCUUGUACAAAUAGAUGUUUUUACUGUAUAAUGUUAUGAUUUACAUUAAUGUUUAUUAAGAUGAGAACUGGACAGGUAGAGAGAGAAGUCAUCGAAUGUAAGUUUAAAUAAAAACAUUCCAGUUAUCGUCCAUGUGAAGAAUCGAACGCUGUUGACGAAUGACAUAAAAGUCAUUUGAAAUCAUUUCAGUGUGAACAGACUUGUGUCAUUUUUCCAUUUCAGAAAAAUCGUACUUGCCGUUUGACGUACGUAUGAUUUCUGUUUUACCUCAUGUUUAAUGACCACUCGCCCAUAAAGCACUUAAAUAAACCUGAAUUAUGUUCA